AUGGAUCUGGCCGCGUUCAAACCGAAGGUGGAUCCCAACGAUACGCUCGGCGAACGACAUGGGCGCGAGAUCGAAGAUGACUUCGGUGGCAAAGGUAUUGCCGUUGUGGUGCCCGAUCGUAAUGUUACCGAGCAGCAAGAAGCAGCGCUACAGCAGAACUUGAUUGGCGGGGCCGCCGUCUACCUGACGGAGACGUUCUACAUCAGCUCAAAGAAGAAUACGGUGUUCGAGGUACGACUCACCGACAAGGGCCUCUGUCUCAAGAAGCAAUCGAACGGUUCGACCAAGGAGCAAACAAUCCCGCUGAAGGACAUCAUCGGAUGUCGGUGUUUGCGUAGCAAACGAAGAUCCCGUGGCAGUUCCUCGUGCACCUGCGCUUCCAUCUCGAGCUCCCACCAGCUGAAGGUUGUUGAGGAGAAUUCGGACGAACAGGACGAAACGGACGUUAGCGCCUAUCUGUACAUCUACGCAUACAUCCUGAAGCGCAAUCGGCGGGGUGGCUUCCGCGAAAGAACCACAAUUACGCUACGCUUCCGGUCCUUCGACCGGUACGAAGAUAAUAACCGGGAGGCACAAAAGUGGCGUGCCUCCAUCAAGCACCUGGUGGCGGGUGAACCAGUCCAGAAGUUUACCUACCAACCGCGCGACACACGCAAAAUGUUGAUCAUCCUGAAUCCGAAGUCUGGUUCGGGGAAGGCACGCGAAAUGUUCCAACAGCGUGUGGCGCCGAUCUUUGCCGAGGCGGAGAUCCCGUACGAUCUGCACAUAACGAAAAAAAGUAACUGGGCGCGUGAGUUUGUGCGGUUGAGGGACGUGUACCUGUGGCGGGGUAUUGUCGUCGUCGGGGGCGACGGUAUCUUCUUCGAGGUGUUGAACGGGCUGUUCGAGCGGGAAGAUUGGCAGACGGCGAUCGACGAGCUGCCGAUGGGUAUCAUCCCGUGCGGAUCUGGCAAUGGACUGGCGAAAACGGUGUCCUUCCUGUAUGAAGAACCUUUCGAGACCAAACCUGUACUGGCGUCAGCUUUAAUGGUAGUUAAGGGCAAACAUUCCAUGUUAGACGUAGUUAGAGUCGAAACACGUUCCAAUAUUAUGUUCUCGUUUUUGUCGGUCGGCUGGGGACUGAUCUCGGACAUUGACAUUGAGAGCGAACGGUUGCGUGCGAUCGGUGGGCAACGGUUCACCGUGUGGUCCGUCCAUCGGCUAAUCAGCUUGCGCACCUAUCAAGGCAAGGUGUACUAUCUUCCGGCCCUAGUUAGUCCAACGAAUGGUGAUGGUACAGUGCCGCCGCACCCGAACGGUGGUGGCAUCGGUACACUGAAGCACAGUGUGAGCUACAACACGACACUGAACUGUCGCGAUUGCCGGGGACUGAUGGGACCGGACGGUGGUGGUACCACCGGUAGCUGCGACGCCUGUGAUACUAACUUUAGUGACGUGCUGUCGCUCGAAACCGGCACCAAUUUGGACUCGUUCCGGCCACGCAUCGACAGCUGGUAUUCGGCGACCUCGCGCAAAAGCACCUACUUCUCGACCGUGGACAGCGUGUACGAGAGUGAUAAGGCUUCCAACGAUGAUCCGACGCAGACCGGUGGCCCGAACGGUGGCGGUGUGAUGUACGGGCCACCCUCAAGGCUUCCCGCCCUAACGGCCACGCUGCCGGACAGCUGGCAAACGAUUACCGGCGAGUUUGUGAUGGUGCAUGCCGCCUACCAGACGCACCUCAGCACGGAGUGUUACUUUGCGACCCAGUCGCGCCUUAACGAUGGGAUCAUAUGGUUGCUGAUCAUCCGGGCGGGUGUAUCGCGAUCGCAGCUACUUUCCUUCCUGCUCGGGCUGAGCAGCGGAACGCACAUUCCAAUGCAGGCGAACGAAUACAUCCAGAUGGUGCCGGUUUCGGCGUUCCGGAUCGAACCGGCCGGUACCAACGGUCACAUGACGGUCGAUGGCGAGAAGGUCGAGUGCGGACCGAUACAAGGCGAAAUAUUUCCCAGCCUAGCGAAAGUGAUGGUACCGAAGUAG